GACCUUCAUGGCAACUGCCAAGGCAGAGGAAAUCAUCGAAAAGUUUCCCGCACUGAAGCUUCCUAAAAUACUUCUGUGGGAGAUGAAGGAGCAAUUCCUUGUAGAAGCUGAUCGCAGAAUGGUCACAGAGCUGGAUCGAAUGGCAACGAAGAUGGUUCAAAGAGCAUCUAUGUGUGACUUAAAGGACUGCUGCCAGAGGGCAAUCAAUGCCUGCCUGGAUGAUUCAGUAAGACGAGGACUCAUUAGGGAUGCAGCAAUUCUACUGCUGCCUUUCAUUUUCAGAGAGGACUCAUCCUUUCUAUACACUCUACUGGAGGAGCCAAGUGUGCCUACUCCAGCAAUCAUGCUCCAUAACACACACGAGGGGAACCCUUUGCAGGCACAAAGGAUAACCCUAUACCUGAAUGGUAUACAGGUUUUGACUGAGGACAGCAGCAUGGACAUAUCAUAUGCUAUGAGUGCAUUAAUGUCACUCUAUAUUGUUUUUGCUGUCCAGUACCCAAAGGAACUGAGAAAAACUCUUAUUUUCAUUGAAAGAUUUGUGUUGGGGAUCAAGGACCACAGUGUUGUACCCAUUUCAGUGAAGAGACUAUACAACUGUGUCGGAAGUGGGGAGUAGUGAGUGCAGCAUGGGAUUUCAUGCUUUAUGUUCUUGUUAAUGGUAAAAUUCCUGCUGCUGCCCUUUGUUUGUACAUAUUGAUAACAAAAAAAAUCCCUUAUUUAAUACAUAAUUUGAACCAAUACAUUUUGUUUG